AUGGCCGCCAUUCCUCUCCCCGUGAAGGUUUCGUCACUGAAGGGACACUUCACCAAUGCUUUCCCAUUCAAAAAACCACUCCUCUGCCAGAACAAUAACAAUACGUUAGAGCUUGGAACAAGAAGAAGAACACUACCAGUGGUAGUAGUCACUCGUGCCCUGUCUCAGACAAAUGAGUCCAUGAUGGCGUCGAUCAUCACCGAUCUCGAAAAAGAAGAACAACAAGAGAAGGUGUCAAAGGAAGAGAGUGAUGCGAGGAAACUUGCAGAGUGUUGGCGUAAGAUCCACGGCGAGGACAAUUGGAAUGACAUGCUUGACCCUAUGGAUCCUUUCCUGCGUUCCGAACUGAUACGAUACGGCGAGAUGGCUCAAGCCUGUUACGAUUCUUUCGAUUUUGAUCCUUACUCCAAGUACUGCGGUAGCUGCAGAUUCAAUCGUCGUAGAUUCUUCGAAAGCCUUGGAAUGAAGAGUUUAGGCUACGAAGUGUCUCGCUACAUCUAUGCAACUGCCAACAUUAAUCUCCCAAAUUUCUCCAGGACCCAACGGGUCGAUCCAGACGAUCCGAUCUGGUCUCGUAACGCUAACUGGAUCGGAUACGUUGCCGUAUCCAACGACGAAACCUCGGUACGGCUAGGGCGUCGCGACAUAACUAUCGCAUGGAGAGGAACGGUGACAAAGCUCGAGUGGAUCGCCGAUCUAAUGGAUUACCUCAAACCACUCUCAGCCGAUAAGAUUCCUUGUCCCGAUCCGACGGUCAAGGUCGAAUCGGGAUUCCUCGAACUCUACACCGACAAGGACGAGAACUGCCGGUUCUGUAAGUACUCUGCCAGAGAGCAGAUCUUGACGGAGGUGAGGAGAUUGAUCCAACGGUACCCAAAGGAAGAACUGAGCAUCACUAUCACGGGGCAUAGUUUGGGUGCUGCACUGGCGGUACUGAGUGGGUUCGAUAUCGGGGAAAACGUUUCACAUCUGACGGCGGACGGUCAAUCCGUACCGAUCAGUGUGUUCUCUUUCGCUGGGCCUAGGGUUGGAAACGUACGGUUCAAGGAGCGGCUCGAGGGUCUUGGGGUGAAGGUGUUGAGGGUGGUGAACGUUCACGAUACCGUGGCAAAGGUUCCUGGCCUGGUUUUGAACGAGCACGUGCCAGAGUUCUUGCAGAAGAUGGCGGAGGGAUUACCCUGGUCUUACUCGCACGUGGGAGUCGAGUUAGCGCUCGAUCAUAAGAAGUCUCCUUUCUUGAAGGACACCAAUAACCCUCCCAAUUUCCAUAACUUGGAGGCUCACCUGCAUUUGCUCGAUGGGUUCCAUGGAAAAAGCAAGGAAUUUAAGGCUUCUAAUAAAAGGGACAUUGCUCUAGUGAACAAGUCUUCAAAUUUCUUGAAAGAUACCCACGCAGUGCCACCCAAUUGGAGGCAAGACGAGAACAAGGGGAUGGUGAUGAAUGAGGAAGGAAGGUGGGUACAACCUGAAAGGCCAAAACUUGAAGAUCAUCCAGUUGAUAUUCACCAUCACAUGAAGCAAUUGGGUCUAGCUUCUGAUUGAUUGAUAGAGAAGUGUAACAUAUACAUGGCUCAGAUCUCUCUC